GUCCUCUGAUGUUUCAGCUGCCACCCAGCUCAUCUCAGCAAAGCCUUCUUGCUUCUCAGAACGGUGAACAAAUUUAGCAAGCACGGCUCUCCGCCAGAUCGCCACCAUCAUGGACACGAGUCGCGUGCAACCCAUCAAGCUGGCUAGGGUAACCAAAGUGCUGGGCAGGACCGGCUCGCAGGGACAGUGCUCACAGGGACAGUGCACGCAGGUGUGCGUGGAAUUUAUGGAUGACACCAGCCGCUCUAUCAUCCGAAACGUCAAAGGCCCCAUUCGAGAGGGUGAUGUGCUCACCCUACUGGAGUCAGAAAGAGAGGCUCGGAGGUGCGCUGACCUUGCUGCUGGGUCCUGGAUAUCCACCACUUGGCCCGUGAUGACCUGCAACUAUUAAAUAAAGCAUUUGUAUUGUUUUAAAAAAAA